AGAAAACAUUAGUGAACAUUUCGCAGUAUGGCUGAAAGUUCAUUACGGCUAGAAAAUUUCUGGAAAAAUAAUUUUCGACAUCAACAAAGCCUGGAAGCGUUUGGAGAAAUCUGAUCACGAACGAGAGAUGACCUUUCGACAGCAGAAGCUCGAACAACUGGCUUCUCGUCUCAAACGCAAGGCAAUCACGAGAGAAAUCUGGCUCUCGGAAUGUCAACGUCUGGUCAGUACCGAUAAUUUCGGAUUCAAUAUGGUUGUAGUGGAAGCGGCUGCCAAGAAGCAUGAGGCUAUCGAGACAGACAUUUUUGUCUACGAAGAACGUGUUCAGGAUGUGUGGCCGUCUCGAACGAGCUGGAAGUUGAAUGUUACCGUGAUAUGAAGCGAAUUGCAGCUCGCAAAGAAAAUGUGUUGCGACCUUGGAACUACUUGCUGGAGCUGCUGUGUGCUAGAAGAAUGCGAAUGGAGUUCUCCAUUCCGUUGCAGCAGAACUUUCAGAAAAUGAUCUACACCUUGGACUCGAUAGAGGGAGAAAAGCAGCGGCUGUUGACCGACGACUAUGGCAAUCUGAUGGGGGUGGAAGAUUUACUGCAGAAGCAUUCGGAUCGACGAAGAAAUAUCAACACUAUAAAUACACAGCUUCAGGAUGUGCAACGGAUAAUGGUUCAGAACAUCGACGACGUUUUGCAGCGCGGAACGGUUCACUCUGAGCUGGACAUCAAAAUACAGAACUUAUCGGUGCUUUAGCAAAAGCAUAAAAAAGACACUACAUACUUGAAUUGAAAGUUCCGUUACGUGAAGGGUGCCGUCGCUGGUAUAAUUAUUAUGGUUUUUGUGUUGUAUUUCUUGGUUAUUUAAUCUCAUCGGAAUAGUCGAUAAACAACAAAAAUAUUCAUGACUGUUAUUCGAAGGGAACACAAAAUGGUAGUAAAAUAAAAUUGGAAGUGUCAUCAUUUGGCCAAAAUGUAAUUCACAGGGUGAAUUGAAUUGAAUUAAUGAAAGAGAAAGUGUUAGUUAUAUGUUUCGUUUAGAAGUUUUUUCCUAAAAAUAUGUUGCGGCAUUAGGCCGUAUGAAUAAAAACUAAAUUCAUCUUUACUUUACUUCAUUCGAGCAGUCGAGCA